AUGCGUCGUGCUAUCCGUAUAGCUGGAGUAGGGGAAACCGGCUUGAACGCGCAUCAUUCUGUUCACGUCACGUUCUCUCACGCUGAGGCUUCUCAACCGGUGUUCUCCACAACCGCGAUCGUUCUGAAAUCGCUCACAAAUUACUCUCCGCAACGAAUAGAUUCAUCCGGUCACUGGGCCCAUAUUGCGCAUUUGAAUCUAGCCGAUAACGAUCCUAUGAGCUCCGAUCCGAUCGAUUUAUUAAUUGGCGCGGAUCUUUAUGGAUCCUUAGUUCUUGAAGGCGUGCGUAAAGGGUUCGCCAAUCAGCCUAUCGCUCAGAAAACGAGUCUGGGUUGGAUUUUGUCCGGUCCUGUUUCACAGUCCGUCCAACCGUCAUCCGUUCCAACCCAACAUGUCAUCGCAGAGGACACACUAAACGACGAUCUUCGGCGUUUUUGGGAAGUCGAAGAACUUCCCUCUUCGCCCUAUUCUACUCCAGAGGAGAAUCAGUGUGAGGCGCAUUUCACGGCUACUCACUACCGCGCUCCAAGCGGACGUUACGUCGUCCGUCUUCCCUUUAACAGCGAUCCUUUGACAGAACUUGGAGAUUCUCGCUCAUCCGCACUCUCUCGCUUCACUAGUCUCGAACGCCGACUGUCUCGCGAUCCUAAUCAGUAUGCCUCCUACCGCGAUUUCAUGACAGAAUAUUUGCAUCUCCAUCAUAUGGAGCCAAUUAACCGGAGUAACAUCAUGUCCACCCCUCGAUAUUACAUUCCUCAUCACGCCGUCUACAAAGCCGACAGCAACACUACUCCGCUCCGCGUUGUUUUCAAUGCCUCCAGUCGCACUUCUACUGGAAAAUCACUAAACGAUUGUUUAAUGAUCGGGCCGAAAUUGCCAAACGAUCUUCCAUCCAUUUUGCUUCGCAGGCGCCAUUUUCGGUACGUAUACAUAGCGGACAGUACCAAAAUGUAUCGGCAAAUUCUGAUCGAUCCUCGUGACAGAGAUUUUCAAACCAUAUUGUGGCGCGAUACUCCCACCGAUCCCAUCUCAGAAUAUCAAUUGUGCACUGUGACUUACGGAACAGCGCCAGCCGCUUAUCUUGCGCAACGCGUUCUCAAGCAACUCGGCGAGGACGAAGGCUCCUCGUAUCCUUUGGCUAUUUCAGUCCUGAAUCGACAAAUGUAUGUCGAUGACUUCAUAUUCGGAGCUGACGAUCGCCAUCUCACGCUCCUCACACGCGAACAAUUAGUUCAACUUCUGCAGAAGGGCGGCUUCCGCUUGCGAAAAUGGGCCAGUAAUUGCCAGCCACUAUUAGAAGGAAUCGAUCCCGCUGAUCACGGCCUUGCCUAUGAAAAACCUUUUAAAGACGAUGACUCCUUAAAAGUCUUGGGAAUAUUUUGGAAUCCCGAAUCCGAUACUCUACGGUUUCGAGUCCACGAACAGCAAAAGGCCGGUCGGUCCAAAAGAGCAAUAUUAUCUGCAAUCGCUCGCUUAUAUGAUCCUCUCGGUCUCGUAGCCCCAGUCGUAAUUACCGCCAAAAUCAUAAUGCAAAAAUUGUGGUCGUUGAAAUGCGGAUGGGACGAAGAAGUGCCGUCUGCUCUGCUUCACGAAUGGACGCAUUUCUAUUCCACUUUAGCAUCGUUGACUAGCGUUGCAAUCCCUCGAUGGACACAACAGUACUCUGACACACUCCAAUACUCGUUGCACGGUUUCGCAGACGCCUCUAGUCUUGCGUAUGCCGCCGUAGUUUACUGUCGUCUUGUCUCCGUAGAUCGAUCCGUUUCCUUCCAUUUCGCUUCUCAUGGCGAAAUCGAGAGUAGCCCCCCUCAAAACCGUUAG